AAGCAAACAACGGAUUGUACCUAAAUCCUUGAUAGUUGGUCUUUUGGUAUCAAAUCCAUGUACCAAAUCCUUGAAGCAAACGACCCCUAAGUUUCAGUUCACUAUACUAUUCAGUAAUAUGGACUGAAACGUCAAGAAACGAUAUUUUGAGGGCUGAAGUAACGAUGGAGCUUGGAAGAAGGGACUUAUAUGAAAUUACCCGUCCAAAUUUCUCGUGGCACUGUGAGCACGCCGGUUUUUACGGCGGAGCUCAACCAAUUCGCGCCAUCGGCAUUUGGGAAUCACACUCUGGCAGCACUCUGCUCUGUUUAUGAGUUUAUCCUUUUAUUUUUAAUUUUUAACUGCCUGCCAGCUCAGCUUCUGCUAAAUCUCCGCGUGAUCCUUAUGGGCCUUUGGCCCAGAGGCCUAAAUUCUUGGGCCGAAACUCGUGCGAGGAACGGAAUAUUUGACAUUUCCCCUUCCUGCGUGCGGGAAGCCUGACUCAGCAGCGAGUUAGCGAAGACUGCUUACUCCUCGUGACGGCGAAGAACGAUCAACAAUGGUCUAAACUCUGAAAAUUGCAGACGAUUUGCGGCGGAAAAUUAUGCGGAAGCUCGAAACCUACCUCGCUGUCUCUUCUCCAUCGAUCUACUGAAGUUUCUUAACAGUAACAGAAGAUCGGCCAGCUCUCUGCUAGAUCUUCUCGGGAAACCCUCUCUGUAAGCCCCCGUCUUCUCUUCUCCAUUUCACUAGUGAUGAAGGUUUCGGUUCCUUUUUUUCAUUCGAUCGUUCGGUUCAUGAAUCGCCGGCGAUGCUUACGCCGCCGUAGGCCAGGUUUUUCAAUCGCCAUUUCAUAGCCGAUUGAGAUGAAUCAAAGUAUUCUUUUUAAGCCAAAUCGGCAAUUUUCUUGCUCAAAUGAAACCCUUAUGAAGCAUUUGAAGCAUUUUCAUUAGGUAUUGAUGUGUAAUAGCCAAGCAAUUAGCUCUAGGGUGAGCUUUGUUAAUAGUGUGUUAAUGGGCAUUUGUACGGUAAUUAUGAAUGCAUAAAAGGAUUGACUUGGGGACCUAGCUUACAGUAAUCCUGUAUCCUCUCUCUCCAUUGAGCUAAUUUUGAUAUGAGAUGUAUUCUAAGAGAUCUGAUCUGGUCAAUGCAGUGAGUUGAAGCAAAGGAUUAGUAUCCGGGGAUGGCUUCUUACUCUAACAGAAGCCUACUCAUACCUGAAUCAGCUGCUGAAUCACCACCUUCUCAUCUGACCUGGUUUUACCCUGAGGAGCUCUUUGCAUCACCGAAAUCAAACUCCGGUUCGUCGGAUGGAACCCAACUCAGCCAUGAACCAGGUUCGUCUGUUGCUCCUAUAAGUGCCAUUCCAGCACCAGUCGAGCAGCCGGUGAAGGAAGAGAGCUCGAACAGUAAAACUUCAAAGGCUAGGAAAGCUACUUCUAACAAAGCUCAUUCCAAGGCAUUGAAACCAAACCAGUCAAAGAAGAUGAAGAAGAAGACAAGCUCUUGUCCUGAAGCCAAGCGUGAGAAGAAGGACCUGAACGUGGAUUUCCAUCACGCGGACUUUGAUUUCUCUGGUGUGCCUUCCCCAGUUUGCUCUUGCACUGGUGUCCCUAGAGUUUGCUACAAGUGGGGCGCUGGUGGGUGGCAAUCCUCUUGUUGUACUAUAAACAUUUCCGAAUAUCCUCUGCCUAUGAGUUCCACGAGGCCUGGUGCUCGUGUCGCUGGGAGGAAAAUGAGCAAUGGGGCUUAUACGAAGCUCCUGCACAAACUGGCAGCCGAAGGCUGUGAUCUGUUUUGUCCGGUUGAUUUGAAGGAUCAUUGGGCUAGACAUGGCACUAACAAGUUUGUUACAAUCAAAUAGACCUAUAGUGUGCUGCUGUCACAGACAUCUGGGAAUGGUGCAUAUCGUAGUACAUAGCACUACUGGAACCAGAUAGCCGGAGCUCACCUUAUUGUCUUGUUUUAACUAGUCCCUUGUAAUUUUCUUUGGUGUUUUGUGUUGUAUAGUAGAUGUUGGCUCAAUAGUAAAUGUAUCCUAGAACAAGUCAAUUGGCUCACCUGUUAUGUGUCUCUCCCAUGGAUUUGUUUGUCACUAGGGCAAGGUUGUUCAUGGCGUGCCUUAAAUUCUUGUUGCCAGAAAGGGAUCGGUUUUAGGUUUUAUCUGCAGUUUGUUUGAGUUCUGUCAGCAGCAUUCUAUUGUACAAGUAAGAUAGGGCCUAAGAUAACUUGAUUCAGAAGGGAGGAGAUGUAUUGAAGGUCGAUAUAAAGGAGUAAACUGCUG